CGCAUGGAAUAAGCACAAGCAGCCAAAGGAGGUGCAGAGCUUUUCCCAGCUUAAAGUUUUUAAUUCAUUCUUCAGAAGUCUCAUAUGCUGCCCAUCUCCCCCAUCAAAUGGACUGGCUCCCAAAAGCCUCCCAUCUUUUUAAAAAAAUCCAAACACAGCAAAGCAUUUAAAUAAUUAAAAGAGUCCAUGUACAACUAUAAGUAAGGAUCCACUCUGCUUCGCUCCUCUUUAUAAGCUCGCAUUCUAGCAACAGCCCAUAGAACAGAAAGCAUCACCUUCUCCAUGGAAACUCAAAGUUUUGGCGCGUACUAUUGUAGUUUUCCGUUGCUAAAACUCAUGUAAGCAAACACCGAUGGAAUUCAGCUACCGGUAGAUCUCUCCGAGCUUGUGAGACAGGUUGGGAGAUCAAAAUUCCUCCGUCAAAAGACGACAGUCGGUCUAUUUUGAGCUUCGAUCUGCACAAGGCAUAAAGGAACUAACUCGGCAAUGGAUAGCUCGAGUUGGAAUAAUUUAACAACCACCAGACAAGAUAUCGCUUCAAUUCCAUCGUGUUUAUGGAGCAACCUGCAGUAUGACGCUUUUUCAGAAUCCAAUGAAGAUUACAGCAAUAAAGAUCAAGCUUUCUUCACUUCAGGUUUAGAGCUCCAAGGGAUUCAGGCUAGCGAAAUGAGUUCAAAUCUUGAUGGAGGUGAGAUGGUGGAAAUGUUGGCUCCUGCUUUGGACUCGAUAAACAAUAAUCUGGAUCUGGAAUUCUUGCAGUGCCAACAAGUGACAAGGUUGGUAGCUGAUUCUGUUCUUGAGAAAUCAAGAGUUGGUGCCACUUGGGGAGAUGCUUUACCUUCUUCUCGGCUAUGUUCUCUUCCUCCCAUCAUCAGCUCCAAGGCUGUCGAUCCAUUCGAUAGUCUUACUGAAACUAUUGGCUCAUCCGCGGAAUUACGACUCCUGAGCGACCUUACAAACGACGAAAGCGGCAUCUCAGCAAUCUUUUCGAGCAGUGAAUUAAACAUUCAUAAUUUGGGCUACAGUGGCAAUAUCUCUUCAGGUGAGUCUGAAAACCAUGGCUCUUUUGAUCACCACCGGGGCGAGGUGGCCUCAGUCUCACAAGCUUCCUCAAACCCACACCAUGCUCAGCCAGGCUUCUCAAACCCAGACCAAACCCAUGCUGAACAAGCCAAAGGUAAGCCCAUCCCCAAGAGAGAAUUGGAGGAAGCAGGCAUUGAGAUUAGCUUCGGGGAUGGUCCCAGGCCAAAGAAAUCGAGAUCAGAGAAGAAGCAUUUGGGGUCUUCAAGCAUCAACUUCGGUCAUGAGAGUGGCUACGAGCCUGACACCGAGGCGAUAGCACAAGUGAAAGAGAUGAUUUAUAGAGCUGCAGCUCUAAGGCCAGUGAACCUUGAAGUGGAGGAGGCAGUAGAGAAGCCAAAGAGAAAGAAUGUGAGGAUCUCCAGUGACCCCCAGACUGUGGCAGCCAGGCUCAGAAGAGAGAGGAUCAGCGAGAGGCUAAGGGUGCUGCAAAGUCUAGUCCCUGGGGGGAGCAAGAUGGACACCGCUUCAAUGCUUGAUGAGGCUGCCAACUAUCUCAAGUUCCUCAAGUCUCAAGUAAAGGUCUUGGAAACCCAAGUGGUGGCACAUCGAACCGCCCAUGGCCAGAGACAUUCCCUUCGGGCGGAGGGCACUGUCCCCUUGAUUCGAGCCAAGCGUGCCCUUGAGAAGACCACCAACCAUAUUGGUUACCACAUGGUGGAGAUUUUUAAAAAAAAAAAAAGAAGAAGAGCCAUGCCACUAGCAGUCCCCUCUGCCCCUCCCGGGUCUCUCUCACCUCACCUUAGCCAUGAAAUUAACCAACUUCUUAUGUCAUUCAGAGAGAAAAAAAAUAGAUCUUGUUGUAACAAACUUCGGGUGUUUGGGGAUAUGGAUUGCCAAGUUGCAGUCGUCUUUCUUUAUCUCUAUGUAUCUCAUGUGCCACUUUUCUUUUCCUUCACUCAAAAAGAAGGGAUCUGGUAGCCUGAAACCAGAGGUGCUUGCUGUGGUUGAGAUGGUUUCUGAAAUUAGAAUUUUCUGGUCUGUGGGAAGACCCGGAUCUCUCGCAUUGUUUCUGCGCCGAAGUUUUGAUCUGUGUCUCCGUGUGUUUGUAGUUUGUUUCGUUAUGCACAUUUUGCUCCUUUAUAAAGUGUGACAUCCUUGGGUCCCUGGAAAUUUUGAAGAGCCCACCUGAGCUCUGACUCAAGUUAGUAACAUAUAUUAUAUAUGAGGUUGAUAGAAUCACGGCAUGGCAAGUGAGAAGAAGUUAGUUUUGGUGGACGCAGUAUGUCCUUCGUCUACUUAAACUUGGGGAGCUACCAACUUGUGAAAGGGUACAGCAGGCGGUUGGUGGGCUUGGGAAAAGGUCGACCCAGGAUGU